GUGGUGGCGAGCCGCCCAAAAAAGCACCGCCCGAGUCCCUCCCGCGCCCCUGACCAAGAACGACCCAGCCAUGAGGCUCUUAUACUCCUCGUCCCCCUUCUCUGGGAUAUCCCCCCUCUGCAUUUGGCCUUGGUCUUGGACAGCCGCCGCCGCGCCCGCGCCCAAGAAGAUGGUGGCCAUCACGAGAAGGGAAGAAGAGGUUACCGCGAAAAGCGAGGAGGAUAAGUCCGACCUCGGGAGGCCGCCGCCGUUCAGGAUCGGCGAUGUCCGUGCGGCCAUACCCAGCCAUUGCUGGGUAAAGGACCCCUGGCGGUCCAUGAGCUACGUCCUUCGCGACGUCGUCGUCAUCGCCGCGCUCGCCGUCGCGGCCGGCUAUCUCGACAGUUGGAUCGUCUGGCUCAUCUAUUGGCUGGCCCAGGGCACCAUGUUCUGGGCCGUCUUCGUUCUCGGACAUGACUGUGGCCAUGGGAGCUUCUCCGACAAUGUGUGGCUGAACAAUGCGGUGGGUCACUUGCUUCACUCCAGCAUUCUGGUGCCAUACCAUGGAUGGAGGAUUAGCCAUAGGACUCAUCACCAGAACCAUGGGAAUGUGGAAAAGGAUGAAUCUUGGCUCCCGCUAACUGAGAAGACGUACAAGCAAAUGAAUCCAACCGGCCGAAAGAUGAGGUUUACAUUACCUUAUCACUUGUUUGCAUUCCCUGUCUAUCUGUUGUGGAGAAGUCCUGGAAAAGAAGGUUCCCACUUCCUCCCGAGCAGCAGCUUGUUUCAUCCAAAUGAAGAACACGAUGUUAUCGUAUCAACCGUGUGCUGGUCAUCCAUGAUGGCCUUGCUUCUUUGUCUAUCCUGGGUGUAUGGUCCUGUUCCAGUGCUCAAACUCUACGGUGUACCCUACGCGAUUUUCAUAAUGUGGCUAGAUUUGGUCACGUACUUGCAUCACCAUGGUCACAGCGAAAAGCUCCCCUGGUACCGCGGAAAGGAAUGGAGCUAUCUGCGGGGAGGACUGACCACCCUCGACAGGGACUAUGGGUGGAUAAACAGCAUCCACCACGACAUCGGAACUCACGUCGUUCACCAUCUCUUUCCUCAAAUACCACACUACAAUUUGGUAGAGGCGACGCAGGCAGCUAAACCUGUGCUGGGGAAGUAUUACCGAGAACCGGAGAAAUCUGGGCCUCUUCCGCUCCACCUCUUCGGCAUUCUACUCAGAAGCCUCAGAGUCGAUCACUUCGUGAGCGACGAAGGAGACGUCGUCUACUACCAGUCCGACCCUCAGUUGUAUGGCGAUUGGCAGCACAAAUCCAAGUGAAGUCUCCCGUGUCAUUUAUAGGAUUACUAGAUGCCAGAAUUGUUCGUCUUUUAGAUGCUUUACGCAAGUGAUGGAUGUCUGCCUUCCCAUC